ACAAUAUUUAUACAUUUUCGUAUAAAUUUAUUUAUAAUUUAAACAGUUUUGAAACGCCAGCAUAUGAAUUAAACUCAAUUCAGUCUUCCUAGAGAUCGGGAAUGUUUAACAUAUUAAAUUCGAGGAUCAAUAUUUCAUUUAACCAGGACUUGUACUAGGAUGGAUUUUGGAUCGUUAUUACAUGUAGCGAAAAAAAAUGAAAAUGUUAAAAAAGAGGUCAAAUACUACUCUACCAAAUUCGAGCCUCCCAAAAAGGAGCAAAGGGACAAGACCCAACUAUCUAUUAACAUCCAAAAGUUCCUCGCCAAGAAAGAGGAAGAAGAAAAACAAAAAGCCUUAGAAGCAAAACGCAAACGCGAUGAACUCCUAGCUAAACGCGACCCCAAACUAAGAAAAAAGAUCUUAAAACAUCUCAAAGUAUGCAAAGUGCAAACAAAUCAGUCCUAGCUAGCCGAUGCCAUAGAUAAUGACACUGCUGUCACGAUACAAGGCAUGGAGCAACCAGACGAAGACGACUAUGGAUUCGUUUCUGAGGCUGCUUCUGCUUACCACAAUAAAAUUAUGGAGAAAUAUUACAGCAAACCGGAGGAGAAGAAGUUUUCAGAUCGUAUAAAGAAUGUUAACAACGAUUUGACCGGGAUAAAAGACAGAGUUCGUGCUGCAAUAGAACGCGAAAAAGAAGAAGCUCUGUUGCCUCAUAAGAGACACCGCAAGACCAAAGCUGAAAUGGCUGCCUUAAACGGUGAUGAUAGUGGUUUGAAUUUCGGCAGAUCUGUUCUCGCAGAUUGUUACAGCAAUGAACCUGAAAAAAAGCUUGAAGUCGUCAAACCUAAACCCAAACGACCUCCGAUGCCCCCGCCUUUGGAUUACACACAAUUACUUAAAAUCGCGGAACAAAAGAAAGACGAACCUAUCAAAAUUGAACCUAAGAUCGAGAAAAAAGAACCAGAGCGUUUGAUGACCAGCAAAGAACGACGAGAGUUCGAAGAAAUGCAGGCAAGGAAACAGGGACGUAAACAAAGAGACUUGGAUCGCUUGCAAGCUAUGAAAAACAAGUCAAAAGGUGCCAGCAGUAGUAAAUCUAGUGAGGAACAAAAACCUAAACCGGUUGUAAACAAUCCGAGUGGUAGAAUUCCUAAACUUAACGGCUACAAACCGAAACCAGAAGCUGAUCGGCAAUCCAAACCUUUACCAAAUGACCUCAAAUGCGACCAAAACCUAGCCAAAUAUCUAAAACCUAGUUUGAACAACUCAAAUACGAAACCAAUGAUGAACGGUUCUGCAAAAAGUGCACCACAAAAGCAGAUAGCAGAUUCUAGAAGUUCUGUUAAAAGCUCAACACAAAAAUUGAAUGGAGAUGUAAGAAGUAGUGAUAAACUUCAAAGCAAACCAAGGACGGCGGAUGGUUUAAAUAAAUCAAAGGAAUUACCUCAAAAGUCUCGACCAGAAGUUGCAUCCAGACCGGUGAACGGUGACUCAAAGCCUAAAAUAGCCUCAAAAGGUAAUCCCAAUCCAAGACAAUUUCCUCCUGCCGAUACAAAAGCACCAAGUCGACAAUUUCCACCAAGUGACACAAAACCCAAAAGUCGUCCGUUUCCGCCCCCUGAUACAAAACAAACAACACGCCAAUUUCCACCGAAUGACAUCAAGGGCACCCGACAGUUUCCACCGAAUGAUCUCAAAUCGAGCAGACAAUUUCCACCAAAGGAUGUUCGACCUGCUGGGUCGAAGAAGAAAAUUGUCGCUAGCAAAAGGAGAAUUUUGGACGACGACGACAGUGAAUAUGAUUCGGAACUUGACGAUUUUAUUGACGACGGGCCAGAAGAUGGAAAUGACUAUUCAAAAUACAUUAAAGAUAUAUUCGGAUAUGACAAAUCAAGAUACCGGGACGAAGAUGAUGAUGAUAUAAAUAUGGAAUCAAACUUUGCUCAAGUUAUGAGAGAAGAAUAUAUUAGUAAAAAAAUUGGAAUAAUGGAAGAUCUAGAAGACAUGAAAAUGGAAGCGAUGGAGAAAAAGAUGAAAGCCAAGAAGAAAAGACUAAAAUAGUGUUAACAUUUUUCUUUAUUUUAUCACAGAUUUAUAUUUUGUAAUAUAUAUUAUCAUUAUGUUUGUUUAUUUAAAUUUAACACCGAUAUGCGUGUUAUGCAUGAAAAAGGACACGACAUAGAUAAAUUGAUCUAUCUAAAAUUAGUUAUAGUAAAAUAUUUAUUUUCAUAACAAAGAUUCACAUGUAUAUAAACUAAUAGAAAAAGGUUGUAGGUGAAAAAUGAUCUUUUGCGGGACCAAAUUAUGAAUUAAAACAUUCGGUACCAGUGCAUUUAGUAAUAGAACCCGCUCUUGAACAUUAAAGUUAUUAUGUAAUGAGUUGUUUAGAAUUGUGUUUUUGUAUGCUAUUGCCAAAUUUGAAAUCACAAUAAAUAUUUAUA